GUUAAAUCACGUGGAGGUGGGUCACGUGAUCCGCGUCCAGCGGAGAUUGCGACAGGACAGGCCCUUGGUCCCGGGGCUUGUUGGUCCUUGACUGCUGCGGGAGUGGAGACUGGAGCGGCUGAGCGAGGCGGAAUGAUGAACCAGGCGACUGCCGACCCGGAGCGGGCGCCAGCGCCCGAAGCUGUAUGGGAGCGGCCGUGGUCGGUAGAGGAGAUCCGCAGGAGCAGCCAGAGCUGGUCGCUGGCGGCCGACGCGGGCCUGCUACAGUUUCUACAGGAAUUUUCCCAGCAGACCAUCUCUAGGACCCAUGAAAUCAAGAAACAAGUGGAUGGACUGAUUCGGGAGACUAAAGCCACAGAUUGUCGCCUUCAUAAUGUCUUCAAUGAUUUCCUCAUGCUCUCUAAUACGCAGUUCAUUGAGAAUCGUGUGUAUGAUGAAGAAGUGGAGGAGCCGGUGCUCAAGGUGGAGGCCGAGAAGACAGAGCAGGAAAAGACGCGAGAACAAAAAGAGGUAGAUCUGAUUCCUAAAGUCCAGGAAGCUGUAAACUAUGGUUUGCAAGUACUGGACAGUGCAUUCGAGCAAUUGGACAUCAAAGCAGGGAACUCGGACUCUGAAGAAGAUGAUGUUAACGAGCGGGUGGAGCUGAUACUUGAACCUAAGGACCUGUACAUCGACCGCCCCUUGCCCUACCUCAUUGGCUCCAAGCUUUUCAUGGAGCAGGAAGACGUAGGCCUUGGAGAACUCUCUAGCGAAGAAGGCUCCGUGGGCAGUGAUCGGGGCAGCAUUGUGGACAGUGAGGAAGAGAAGGAGGAAGAGGAGUCAGAUGAGGAUUUUGCCAAUCAGAGUGACAACGAUCAAAACAAGCACACCGUACAGAUAAGUGAUGAGGAAGAGGAUGACGAUGCUGACCUCUUCGCUGACUCUGAGAAGGAAGAAGAUAUUGAGGACAUUGAAGGAAAUACUAAGCCAAAAAGACCCACAUCGUUUGCUGAUGAGUUGGCAGCUCGGAUCAGAGGGGACUCCAGCCGCCUGGGAGAGGAUCAGGCAGGAGAUUGCAAACCUCGGAAGACACUGAAAGAGAAGAAGGAAAGAACGCCUUCAGACGAUGAAGAAGAUAACUUAUUCGCCCCUCCCAAGCUGACAGAUGAAGAUUUCUCACCGUUUGGAUCUCGGGGCGGCCUGUUCAGCGGUGGGCAGGGCCUCUUCGAUGACGACGAUGAGGAGAGUGACCUCUUCAGGGAGCCACCCCGGGAUCGGCACACCCCAGCCCCCAUCAAUGAAAAGUCCUCCUCCAAACCUGUAAAGAAAAUCACAGCAGGAGCAGUUUCAGUAUUUUUAGAAGACAGUGACGUGUUUGGGGCCCCGACCACUCCAGUACUGAAGGAGCCCCAGAAGCCCGAGCAGCCCGAUGCAGGGAAGAGCUCACAUGUCCCUGCUGCUUCUGGCCUCUUCGAUGAUGAUGACAAUGAUGACUUUUUCACAGCAUCCUCCAACAAACCUUCCAAGACAGACAAAGCCAAAUCUACAGCCAGCAUCUUUGAUGAUGAAGAAGGUGAUUUGUUUAAAGAAAAAGCGGCUGUGCCUGAAGCAACCAUGAAACAGACGAAUGAAAACAAAGCAAGGGCAGAGCAGCCGGUUACCCUCCCUGCCAGCAAAAGUCUCAAGUUCUCGCCAGAAACAAAAACUCAGAAAGGUUUGUUUUCAGAUGAGGAGGACUCUGAGGAUUUGUUUUCUCAAAAUGUAAGUAAGUCCAAAAGUGCAUCUCUUCUACCCAGCAAGCUUCCCACAUCGGUCUCCCUUUUUGACGAUGAAGAUGAAGAGGAUAACCUUUUUGGUGCUACUGCUGCUAAGAAACAAGUGCCAUCUCUACAAACUCAGAAUCAGGAGAAAGCAAAACCCUUGGAGCAACCCAGAAAGAAGGCCUCUGCCUUACUGUUCAGCAGUGAUGAGGAGGACCAGUGGGGCAUUGCUGACACACAGAAGUUGGCCUCUGACAACAAAUCCAAAGGAGGGCUCAGCAACUCGGGGACCAUCCAGGGCCAGCAGGCCUCGUCCGUGAAGAAGACCAGCCUCUUUGAGGAGGACGAUGAGGAUGACCUGUUUGCCAUUGCCAAGGACAGCCAGAAGAAGACGCAGAGAGUGUCUCUCCUGUUCGAAGAUGACACAGACACUGGAAGCUCUCUGUUUGGCUCUCCUCCCGCCUCUGCUCCUCCUGCAGCAAUGAAAAAGGAGGCUGCCCAUGAGGCACUGUCUUCGCUGUUCAGCGAUGAGGAUGAGAAGGAGCUGCAGAUUGGAGUGAGACCUGCAGGUCAGAAGGCAGAGAGCCCCCUCACACCCUCCAUGCUGCAGCCAACGGGCGAGGCUGAGGAGCUGGAGAAGGAAGGACCUGUGACCACAUCUGCCCAGGAAGCAAUCAGGCAUUCUGAUUUGUUUUCUCCAGCGUCCCCACUGGAUAAAGGAACCAAGGGUAGAACUAAAACUGUCCUUAGUUUGUUUGAUGAGGAAGAAGAUAAAAUGGAAGAUCCAGACAGCACCCGUGAUCCACAGAUAGAAGUGGGGAAGGGUCCUGAUCCUGAUGCCCGGCCCAAGAGCACAGGUGUCUUCCAGGAUGAAGAGCUCCUUUUUAGCCACAAGCUCCAAAAGGACAAUGACCCAGAUGUCGACCUUUUUGCUGGCACCAAAAAAAGCAGGUUGGCAGAGCCAAGCGUGGGGAACCUGUUUGGUGAUGACGAAGAUGACGAUCUUUUCAGCUCUGCCAAGACCCAACCUGUGGUGCCAGAAAAAAAGAAGGUAGUAAAAAAAGACCACUCUGUUUCCUCUUCCAAGAACCAGAAGCAUCCAGAAUCCACCCAGAGCAGCAAAGAGAAAAGCAUGUGGAAACCAGAAGCAGCACAGGAUUCAUCAGGUCUCGCUCCAUUUAAAACCAAAGAGCCUUCCACUCGGAUCGGGAAAAUACAAGCAAAUUUAGCAAUUAACCCUGCAGCCUUGUUGCCUGGAGCAGCUCCCCCGGUCUCGGGAGCAAAGUCUGUUUCUCCAGAAUUGACUCUUCCUCCUGCGGCACCUGGCCUCAGUGUGGAUGGUCAGCCUACUCCUCCUGGCCUUGGGGAGGCCAGCGUGAGCUUCGAUCUUCCUGCACAGGCAGACACCUUACACAGCGUCAACAAGAGCCGCGUCAAAGUGAGAGGAAAGCGUAGGCCGCAGACUCGGGCAGCUAGGAGGCUGGCUACCCAAGAGUCCAGCGAGGCUGACGACACAAGCGUCACUGGAGGCCCCAUCACACAGUCUGCAGAUGGCUCCGUUAAGCCAAGUGACCAUCAGCUUCAUCCCAGAGUGGCCGGCAUAGGAGUCGGGUCUGAGGAGGGCAUGGCUGCUGCCACUGCACCUAGGAAAAGCCAUCCUGCAGCAGCGAUGGACAGGAGCCCUUUUGUAACACCCUUGGGCCAGUCUGGGGGUGAGGUAGACCUGUUUGAUUCCGAGGACAUCUUUUCCAAGGGCACAGGAUCACAGUCCAUAGAGAGAGCAAAAGCCAAGGUGAAAGCCACAGAGACUUCAGCCCACCUGGCCAAGGAUAGGAAAGGAAAGAGCCCCCUGUUUCCUGCCCUCGACGAUGCCGCCAGUGAUGAUGAUCUCUUUCAGUCCGUUAAGCCAAGACCAGCAAAGAAAACAAACCCUUUCCCUCUCCUGGAUGAUGAGGACGAUCUCUUUACUGAUCAAAAAGGCAAGAAGAAUGAGCCCAAGUCCAGCGAGGAGCAGGGUGUUGCAUCAAGGGUACAAGAUAUUUUUGAGGAUGAUAUAUUUGCUACGGAAGCAGUUAAACCCUCACAAAAAAAGAAAGAAAAGGAGAAAAACUUGGAACCCAGCUUACUUGAUGAUAACAUUGAUAUUUUUGCUGACCUAAGCCUAAAACCAAAAGGAAAAUCCAAAAAGAAAGUGGAAGCUAAGUCAAUCUUCGAUGAUGAUAUGGAUGAUAUCUUCUCCUCUGGUCUCCAGACUAAGACCACCAAACCAAAAAAACAACCUGCACAGACAGCGCCUGAACCAAGAUCAGAACAUAAGGUGUCCAACAUAUUUGAUGAUCCCCUGAAUGCUUUUGGAGGCCAGUAGAACGUGUGUAGUAUCUCUGUCUCACCCUUCAGCUACAUCCUUGAGUUAGAGAUGUUGACAUGUGCUUGUCAAAUGACAGAUAUUGAAGCAACCAGCUCACCCUUUACGCCAUGUACUUAGUAUCUUUUUGCACUGAUUUUAAUCAGGCUUACACUGCAAAACAAAAAUAAAUGUUUCACAGUG